AUGUCCGGGGAUGUUGGUAGUGGUGAUGUCAGCAGACGACAGGGAGUGAGUGAUAUGCUCUGUCAUCACUGUGGAGCGCAGUUCAACAAGGCAACCGCCAAGUUCUGUUCAAAGUGUGGUACGAAAAAGAAAGCGGCUCCUUCUUCCAAUCGUAGGAGUUCACAAAUAGAGGAAAAGCUUUCGGCAUUAAAACAACAAGAUGCAAAGGCUACUACAACCUUUAAAUUGGGAGACCAUAUAGGCAGUGGUAAGGCGCAUAAUAAUAAUCAUAAUCAUAAUAAUCAUAAUAAUAGUAAUAAUGCUGUUUCUAAUCAUCAUCAUCAUUAUGGUACGAAGAAUAGUACGGGUAAUGUUAGUAAUACCAGCAAUGGUAGUAGUAGUAGUAAUCGAGUGCCUUCCUCUGGGGCUGCACCUUCACGAUUACCACCUAUUCAACAAGGAUCCUCCUCAGGAGUGAGGAAGGACGAAGGAGGAACACAAGAUAGUACAGAUGAUGAUGGUACCUUACGGGCAACACCAGAGGAAGAAGAAAAGUACAGUGCAUGGGCUACAUUAGGUGCAGAUGGAAUUACACCAGAGAUGUUGCAAACAAAUAAUGCAGCGGAACUUAGUACAUGGCGACGAGGUCUUCUUAUUGGUAGGGGAACAUAUGGUUCUGUUUAUUUGGGUUUACUAAAUGAUGGAUCUUUUCAUGCUGUGAAGUGUGUGGAGAUUGGGGGAAAGACAGGUGUAUUCAGUGCAAAGGAACUUGUUUCUCUUUCACGAGAAAUUAAUAUGAUGCAGCGCCUUCAUCAUAAAAAUCUUUGUACUUUUAAAGGUGUCAUGUAUGAUACUUCUAAUAAUACGAUAUGUAUGUUUAUGGAAUACAUAGGUGGUGGAUCUCUCUCUUCACUCGUAAAGAAGUUUAAACCACUUCCACGUGAUGUCAUCCGUCGCUGGACACGCCAACUCCUUGCUGGACUUCUCUAUCUCCACUCCCAACGUAUUAUUCAUCGUGAUAUUAAAGGGGAUAAUCUUCUUGUAGACACUUCGAGUGAUCCAAAACUGGAGGCACAAAUUAAAUUGGUAGACUUUGGGGCCGCUCGCCGUUUAUCGGAUGCGGUGGCCCAAAGCCGCACGGUGAUUGGCACACCAUACUGGAUGGCCCCAGAAGUAGUGGACGUCACUGGGGAGGGAGAGGGAUAUAGUUAUAAGGCAGAUGUGUGGUCUGUCGGCUGCACUGUGGCGGAGAUGAUUACAGGCAAACCACCGUGGCCAAGUAAAGUAAAUGCACCAGCGGCUAUUAUGAUGAUUGCACAGGCAACCAAUGGUCCAACGGAGAUUCCAGAGGAGGAGGCCUCACCAGGAUGUUUGGAUUUUAUGCGAAAAUGUUUUGUGCGGGAUCCGGAGCAACGACCAACCGUAGAGGAACUCAUGCAACACCCAUGGAUUCUAGGAGAGAUAGAGUAA